GAGCAGCGCCGGCCGCCGCCGCGGGAGCUGCCCGGGCCGCACCAUGCGGGAGCUGGCCGUGGAGAUCGGAGUGCGCGCCCUGCUCUUUGGGGUCUUCGUUUUCACCGAGUUUUUGGACCCAUUCCAGAGAGUCAUCCAGCCAGAGGAGAUUUGGCUCUAUAAAAACCCUCUGGUGCAGUCAGACAACAUCCCUACCCGCCUCAUGUUUGCAAUAUCUUUCCUCACUCCCUUGGCUGUUAUUUGUGUGGUGAAAAUUAUCCGGAGAACAGACAAGACUGAAAUCAAAGAAGCUUUCUUAGCUGUGUCCUUGGCUCUUGCUUUGAAUGGAGUCUGCACAAACACGAUUAAAUUAAUAGUGGGAAGACCUCGCCCCGAUUUCUUUUACCGCUGCUUUCCAGAUGGAGUGAUGAACUCGGAAAUGCACUGCACAGGUGACCCUGACCUGGUGUCCGAGGGCCGCAAAAGCUUCCCCAGCAUCCAUUCCUCCUUUGCCUUCUCGGGCCUCGGUUUCACAACAUUCUACUUGGCUGGCAAGCUGCACUGCUUCACCGAGAGUGGGCGAGGGAAGAGCUGGCGGCUCUGCGCGGCCAUCUUGCCCUUGUACUGUGCCAUGAUGAUCGCCCUGUCCCGCAUGUGUGACUACAAACAUCACUGGCAAGAUUCUUUCGUGGGUGGCAUCAUCGGCCUCAUUUUCGCCUACAUCUGCUACAGACAGCACUACCCGCCUCUGGCCAACAUGGCAUGUCACAAACCGUAUGUCAGCCUCCGAGUCCCCAGCUCGCUGAAGAAGGAAGAGAUGCCCACGGCCGACAGUGCCCCCAGCCUGCCUCUGGAGGGGAUUACCGAGGGCCCCGUAUGACGGGAGUCCCAGGAGAAUGGACGCUGGGCCCCGGCACGUUCUUCCACCCUGAUGUCAUAACACAGUGGAAAAGAGUUUCUGUCGUGUGUUCUUCAUCCGUUGUUUCCCCCAAGCUUCUCUUCUGCUUCCGUUUUGUUGAUGGCGUUCUUGCCUCUCUCAAUGUCUCUUCGACACUUUUGAAUUUGCCAGGCUAGGACACCUGGAACCAUGUCUGAGCGACUGAGGCACGCAGGAAGGAGGAGGCUGCAGGGUGGGGUGGGGGGAACUUGCUCAGCCAAUGACUCCUCCAUCUGCAGGCUCUGCUGUAUUACUCACCCGUCUCUGUUUUCGUGGCUGUAAAACAUAAUAAAACCUCCCACUGGAA